AUCCUUGGUAAGACAAUUCCUGCGCAGCUAAUUCGGUUGCGGUGGCCGCGGUGAACGUUUUUGGAAAGCCACGCCGCGCGCGUAUGGCCGAAAGCCGCUAAAUACUGCUUGUUAUUACAAGUUUUUGUGGUUAUUUUGUAAUUUGUAGGGCAGAAAUUCAGAAUUUUCACAGAUAUCUUUGGCCUCAAUCUCAGGUCACCAUGGACGGGGAGCUGUACGACGAGUUCGGCAACUACAUCGGCCCGGAGCUCGAGUCAGACGAGGACGAUGCCGACGAGCUCUCGGAGCCCGGCCGCGGCCAACUGGUGCCCGCCGGCGCCGACGACGACGACCAGCCGGUCGACGAGAUGGACGCAGAGGACGAGCCCGCCCAGCUGUCGGUCGUGCUGCACGAGGAUAAAAAGUACUAUCCGACCGCCGAGGAGGUGUUCGGAGCCGAUGUAGAGACCCUCGUGCAGGAGGAGGACGCCCAGCCACUGACGCAGCCCAUCAUCGCGCCCGUGAAGCGGAACAAGUUCUCUCAUGUCGAGCAGGACCUGCCGGAGACUACAUACGAGGUGGAGUACCUGGCUGACUUGAUGGACAACGCGGCGCUCAUAAGAAACGUCGGCCUCGUCGGCCACCUGCACCACGGCAAAACCAGCUUUGUCGACUGUCUGAUGCAGCAGACGCACCCGGACCUCCGCACUCGCGACGACAGACCGCUGCGCUACACGGACACGCUGUUCACUGAACAGGAGCGUGGUGUCAGCAUCAAGGCCACGCCGCUGACGCUCGUGCUGCAGGACACACGCAGCAAGUCCUACCUGAUGAAUCUGUUCGACACGCCGGGUCACGUCAACUUUUCCGGAGAGGUGACGGCUGCGACACGGCUCUGCGACGGUAUCGUGCUCUUUGUGGACGCUGCCGAGGGAGUCAGUCUGAACACGGAGCGGCUGCUGAAGCACGCCGUCCAGGAGGGUCUGGCAGUGACGCUUUGCAUCAACAAGAUCGACCGGCUGGUGCUGGAGCUGAAGCUGCCUCCCCAGGACGCCUACUACAAGCUGCGCCACGUCAUCGACGAGGUGAACUCGCUGCUGGCGGUGUACGGAGGAGAGGAGACGCCGGCGGUCGUGUCGCCGCUGCUGGGAAACGUCUGCUUCGCCAGCUCCCAGUACUCCAUCUGCUUCACGCUCAAGUCCUUCGCCACGCUGUACGCGCGCACGUUCGGCUCAGAGGUGGAUGCCUCCCAGUUUGCGCGCCGCCUCUGGGGUGACAUCUACUUCAGCUCCAAGACGCGUCGCUUCACCAAGAAGCCGGCACACAGCUCGGCGCAGCGCAGCUUCGUCGAGUUCAUCCUGGAGCCGCUGUACAAGCUGUUCGCCAUCGUGGUCGGCGACGUCGACACGCAGCUGCCGGCGCUGCUGGACGAGCUCGGCAUCCACCUGAACAAGGAGGAACGCCGACUCAACAUUCGCCCUCUGCUGAGGCUCAUCUGCUCCCGGUUCCUCGGCGACUUCAACGGCUUCACGGAGAUGUGCGUCGAGCACAUUCCGUCUCCGCUGGACAACGCCCGGCACAAGAUCGAGCACACCUACAGCGGACCGAGCGACUCGCCGCUGGCUGAGGCGAUGGCUGAGUGUGACGCCGACGGACCGCUCAUGGUGCACACGACCAAGCAGUACCCGACAUCAGACGCCACCUGCUUCCACGUGCUGGGCCGCGUCCUCUCGGGCACGCUGCAUGCCGAUCAGACGGUGAGGCUGCUCGGAGAGAAGUAUACACUAGCCGACGAGGAGGACUCUCGGGUGGUGAACGUCGGCCGUCUGUGGAUACACGAGGCCCGGUACAACGUCGAGGUGAACCGCGUUCCGGCCGGGAACUGGGUGCUCAUCGAGGGCGUCGACCAGCCCAUCGUCAAAACGGCCACGAUCACUGACACGGAGGACCGUGAGGUCUACAUCUUCCGGCCGCUGCAGUUCAACACGCAGGCGGUCAUCAAGAUCGCCGUCGAGCCCGUCAACCCUUCCGAGUUGCCGAAGAUGUUGGACGGUCUUCGGAAGGUGAACAAGUCGUACCCACUGCUGAGUACCCGCGUGGAAGAGUCAGGAGAGCACAUCGUCCUGGGAACAGGCGAGCUCUACCUGGACUGUGUGAUGCACGACCUGCGAAAGAUGUACUCUGAGAUCGACAUCAAGGUGGCGGACCCAGUGGUGUCGUUCUGCGAGACCGUCGUAGAGACAUCGUCGCUGAAGUGCUUCGCCGAGACGCCCAACAAGCGCAACAAGGUGACGAUGAUCUCUGAGCCACUGGAGAAGGGUUUGGCUGAAGACAUCGAGAACCAGGUGGUCCAGAUCGGCUGGAACAAGAAGCGACUCGGAGAGUUCUUCCAGACCAAGUACGACUGGGAUCUGCUGGCGGCCCGAUCCAUCUGGGCGUUCGGGCCGGAUCCAACAGGACCCAACAUCUUGGUGGACGACACACUACCGUCAGAGGUGGACAAGUCCCUGCUGGGUGCCGUCAAGGACUCGAUCGUCCAGGGCUUCCAGUGGGGCACGCGUGAAGGUCCUCUCUGCGAGGAGCCGAUCCGCAACGUCAAGUUCAAGAUCCUGGACGCGGUGAUCGCCAGCGAGCCGAUCCACCGGGGCGGCGGUCAAAUCAUCCCCACUGCUCGCCGAGUCGCCUACUCGGCGUUCCUGAUGGCCACGCCUCGCAUGAUGGAGCCCUACUACUUCGUGGAGGUGCAGGCUCCGGCCGACUGCGUGUCAGCUGUGUACACAGUGCUGGCGCGGCGGCGCGGACACGUCACACAGGACGCGCCCGUGCCCGGCUCGCCGCUCUACACCAUCAAGGCCUUCAUCCCGGCCAUCGACUCGUUCGGGUUCGAGACGGACCUGCGGACCCACACUCAGGGCCAGGCGUUCUGUCUGUCGGUGUUCCACCACUGGCAGAUCGUGCCCGGAGAUCCGCUCGACAAGUCCAUCGUGAUCCGACCGCUGGAGCCGCAGCCUGCUACCCACCUGGCCAGGGAGUUCAUGAUCAAGACGAGGCGCCGGAAAGGCCUCAGCGAGGACGUGUCCAUCAACAAGUUCUUCGACGAUCCUAUGUUGUUGGAGCUGGCAAGGCAAGACGUGAUGCUCAACUACCCGAUGUGAAGGGUGUGUGGGCGGUGGUGUCAGAUCGGACGCGAUGUCAGACUGACACCUGUGUCAGUGUCAGUGUCGAUCGUGUGAUGUGUCAGUCCGCAUCACGCAGUGAAGUGUACAAUAUGCUGCGCUAUGUGAUCACACUCUGUGUGUACAAUACAUCUCAUCUAGAUGCCA